UACUACUUUGAUUUGUUAAUACGAAUGCAUUUUCUUAUGCAAGAUGUCGGAGAAGAGAGUGCAUCUGCCUCAGGAACUGAUCGUGGAAAUUCUGUUGAGAUUGCCGGUGAAGACUGUAUUACGUUGCAUGUGCGCAUGCAAAUCAUGGCUCUCCUUCAUCUCUAACCCUGAUUUUGCCACUUCGCAUUUUCAACUUGCUGCCUCACCCACACAUAGAUUUGUGUUCUUAGAAAGCUAUCCUUGUAAAAUCCUAUCCAUAGAUUUUGAUGCAUCUCUAAACCCUGAUUCUUCUUAUGCUUCUCUAAACUUUGAUUUUUUGCGCCGAGGUUAUGCUGAAAUUGGCGGUUCAUGUCGAGGAUUUUUGUUUUUGCACAAUAGCACAGAUUUCUACCUUUGGAAUCCAUCCACAGGUGUCCACAAACAAAUACCUGCCUCUCCUAUGACCAUUCAUGGUAAUUCCAUGUUGAUGUGUGACUUUUCCAUGUUUAUGUAUGGCUUUGGAUAUAACGCGUUAAGGGAUGAUUACUUGGUAUUUUUGGGGUACUACCUACAUAAUGAUUCUAGUUCCAUUGACUUGGAGAUUUUCUCAUUGAGGGAUAAUAAAUGGAAACAAAUUGGGGGUGAUUCUCUUUUUCCUUAUGCUUCGUGUGGACAUCGUUUCAAAGUCGGGUUGUUUCUGAAUGGGGCUCUUUAUUGGUAUGUAUAUAAUCACCAGAUCUCUAAGGAUGUUAUUAUUGCCUUUGAUUUAAAGGAAAUGGCAAUCACUGAGAUACCUCUGCCAGAUGAAUUUUAUAAUCCUAUAGAACAUAAUUUGGUGGUGUUUGGUGGACUUAUCGGUGUGUGGUUUACAGAGACGGAUACAUUUAAUUUAUGGGUGAUGCAAGAAUAUGAAGGGCAUUUGUCUUGGAUUAAGACUCUUGUUUUCUCCAUACUCCCAGCUCCAUGUUUUUUCCCGGUGUGUUUUACAAGUUGUGGUAAUAUAGUUGGAACAAAUGAGUUUAGUCGAUUGGUGAAGUUUAAUGACAAAGGACAGCUCCUAGAGCAUCACUCUGAUCAUACCUGUUGCUCAUAUAGAUCUGAGAUGAUUGUGUAUACAGAGUCUCUGCUUUCACUUCCUGGUGGCACUGAGCAAGCUUAAGAAGAUCACUGGUGAUAACAAACAAGAAGAAUGUGAUUGUGUAAUAUUCACAUUUACCAUUUAUUGAUAGUUAUAUUUUGUAUUAUGAACUCUUGGUGUCAUGAAGCAUGAAAAAUAAUGGGCAUGC